AUGUCAAGUGCUAAUCAGGGAGAGCAGGGAAUACCUAAGGAGGAGGAGGAUAUCCUUAGCUAUUUUCUGGAGCUGCGGAAUUACCUCUCGAGAUUAAAGCAAAAUCGAAACCAGUUUUUGACUUCGAAGGAUGUGGUGAUGACAUACCAAGAAGUUUUGACGAAGGUUCGUGAAUUAGAUAAAAUCCGCAAAACAACACAUGAAUCGAGCCCAAAUUUGGGGCCUGAGACGACUUUAAUUCAUUCUGUAGAUUUGCACAACCGGGUAGACAGUGUUAUUGAUGAUGUGUUCCAGUUGUUGUCGUUGUGUUUUCUUACGGUUGGGUUGAAGAACAGUGCGCCGGCGACUUAUGCUUCACUAAGUACUGUUCAGAGUUUACUUGAUCAUUUGAAUGAGUCGAAUGUGUACACUCACAAUGACUUGAAACCGAUCAAAGAGAGGUUGGAUGAAAUUAGCGAGAUUGUUGAGAAAAAUAGCUAUUGGAAUAUACCAACAGAUGGUGGAGACGGCAACGCUUUUGCGGAUGACUUAGAAGAUAAAAGGAAGGAGAAUAAUAUCGAGGAAAAUUUAUUACUCAGAGCAAAAUUAGAGUAUUGCUUAAAGGGAUAUAACCAGAUCGAGGCAAAGCUGGAGGCAAUUCCUGAGGAUUUACAGCCUUUUAUGGAGCGUUUGUUCCAAAUAAGGCGGGGGUUGCUUUCCUUAGCAGCAUCUGCGAAAUCUCGUGUGGAACAAGAAGAGCAAGAUGAAAACGACGAUGAACUGUGUAUUUUGUCUCAUGAAAAGAUUAAUGAGAGACUAAAGGCUCUUGAAACCGAGUUGGCAGAUGUGCGAUCACAUAGAAAUGAGUCCGGAAAGUUUGUUUCCGUAAAUGACCCUAACGACGUCCCGGAAAAAGGUCAGUUUGUACUCAAUGGUCUUUUGGAUGAUUGCCAUGAUCUAAUUAGAGACCUUUCUCAUCAAACAAGUGCAGGACUUGAUCUUGAUCCACAUAUCCAACCCAUUUACGAUGAUCUAGUUUCUAUUAAAACAAUAUUAGAGAAUCUCCUUGUGACAAGAAGAUGGACGCUUAGAGAAACUGACUUGUUUACCUACCAGAAGAAACUAGCGGAACUCGAUAGUUUACGAGUGAAUGGAAAGUUCCCGUCGGAAUCCAGCGACUCCAAGGGCCAAGCGAUCUUGCUUUAUUUACUUCGCCGCUGCUAUGCCAUUAUCUAUAAAUUGUUAGAGUCAAGUGAGCCUGUUUCCGAAUCCUUGGAAAGGAUUCAUAACCAAUUGUCCACGGUUCGCCAUUGUCUCCUAGAACUAAAGAGGAUGGGAGGCGUGGACAACGAAAGAGAACUAUACCCAUACCAGAUGAAAUUGGCCUCGCUAGAUAAUAUGCGUGUUGAUGGCAAAUUCUACGAUCCUGAUGGCAAUAUACCCGAAGGCCAAGGUACAUUGAACGCUCUGUUGGCAGAAUGCUUUGACAUUCUACAUGAAAUGAAGAUCGAAGCUGAAGUUCGAGAAGAAGCUGCGCAAUCAAAUGAAGCUGGUGAAAAGCCUCCAAAUAACAUCAAUAAUCAAACUAUUCAAAUGACUAAGGAUGGGACCAACAGAGACGUUGCCGAAGUCCGACCAAACAUAAGAUACCUAGAUGUCUACAACCCCAACCGUGAAGAUGAUGGCAUAUACGACGAUGUCUACACACAUUACAGCGACCACAGCUAUGAAGAAGACGAAACUACAAAUCUAGAUGAUUGA